GGCCCAAAGAAGAGAUACUCAGCGGUCUCAAUCCUGGGAUGGCAUUCUUCGUUUUUAAUCUUCUUCUUCCCAUGGAUCGACAGCGAACAUUUGCCCAUCAAUAGCGUCUGACCAUUGAGGAAUUCCCUGUCUUCACUGACCAGUGUUCACCGUAUCAUCUACUAGCCGUCUAGUAGUUUGGCCUCGUGCUGCACGGGUUCCGCCCGCGUUGCCCACUCUGCUUUCUCCGUCGUGGUUUUGUCGGUCAUGAUGCGAAUUACUGCAGGAACUCCUCAGACAGACAUAUCCCUUUUCGAGCCGACCCGCAUAAAUCUCGCCUUCUAUCAUCCCCUGCGUGUUUAUUGAUUGAUUCCUGAAGGGGCGUGCACACAUUGUCAGCGACACCCGCGCCCUAUUUUUCUCCAGCCUUACCCGUGUACAAUUAUACUCGAAUUUCUGGCGGUGUUCUGUACUAGAUCGGAUUCCUUUUUUCAUAAUGCCUGGGCUACCAGCUAGUAUCGACCUGGACGAGUGUAUCGAGCGGCUCUAUAGGAAAGAGCUGCUGGCAGACUCGGUGAUUGAGGCAAUAUGUGCCAAAGCGAAGGAAUUGUUAAUGAAGGAGAGUAAUGUGGUUCACAUUGCCGCGCCGGUCACGGUGGUCGGAGACAUCCACGGGCAGUUCUUCGAUAUGAUCGAAAUCUUUAAGAUCGGGGGGUUCUGCCCGAACACGAAUUACUUGUUUCUAGGCGACUACGUCGAUCGCGGCCUCUUCAGCGUCGAAACCAUCUCCCUCCUCGUCUGCCUCAAGCUGCGAUACCCGCACCGCGUGCACCUCAUCCGCGGAAACCACGAGUCCCGCGGCGUCACGCAGUCCUACGGCUUCUACACCGAAUGUGCCCGCAAGUACGGCAACGCCAACGUCUGGCACUACUUCACCGACAUGUUCGACUUCCUGACGCUCAGCGUCGUCAUCAACGACCAGAUCUUCUGCGUCCACGGCGGCCUCUCCCCCUCCAUCCACUCCAUCGACCAGAUCAAAAUCAUCGACCGCUUCCGCGAAAUCCCGCACGAAGGCCCCAUGGCCGAUCUCGUCUGGUCCGACCCGGACACCGAACGAGACGAGUUCUCCCUCUCCCCGCGCGGCGCCGGAUACACCUUCGGCGCCCAGGUCGUGCGCAAGUUCCUCGAGGUCAACAGCAUGUCGCAUAUCCUGCGCGCCCAUCAGCUUUGUCAGGAGGGGUACCAGGUCCUGUACGAUGAUCGACUGAGUACCGUCUGGAGUGCGCCCAAUUACUGCUACCGGUGUGGUAACCUCGCCAGUGUCUUGGAAGUGAGCGAUACCGGUGAGCGAUACUUUAAUAUCUUCGACGCCGCGCCGGAGAACGAUAUCCAUCGUGGAGAGCAGCAGCAGGCCCAGCAGAACAAGGACGGUCAAGGCCCUGUGAUCGAUUACUUUUUGUGAUACCCUUUUUUUUCUUUCUUAUAUUUUAUUUCUUGCAUCCUUGUGCUUUUUUUCUUUUCUUCGACUUUUUAUUUCACCAUUUAGGCUUGCGCACGUUUGGAGUUUGGCAAAUGUAAAGAAAGCAUUUAUAGAUGGCAUUGAGAUGGGAUGUUAAAGAGGGGACAGACAUCGAUCUCACUGAUGACAGGGGACCCUUUAUACCAAGCAUGAACGAGACCCGAUGCCUCC